AUGUCUUCGCUAAAAAAGUUAUCAAUUAUCUUAGCUGCCGCUGCUGCUAGAGCCAUUGCUGAAGAGGUCACUGAAUAUGAAUUAGUUGAAUUUGAAGCCCUUUUGGCGGAUGUAGAGGCCAAUUUAGAAGAUUAUAUUUCUUUAGCCGUCAACGAUGCUUCUUUCACAAUUCCAGAUGGUGUCUUAGAGGUCUAUGAACAAAUGACUACUUACACUGAUGAUUCUUACACCACCUUAUUCAGUGAAAUUAACUUCGCUCAAGUUACCACAGUUAUGGAACAAUUACCAUGGUACUCUUCUAGAUUGAUCCCAAUUAUGUCUUCUUACAUUGCAUCUUAUGAAAAGGCCAACGGUGUGACUGAAAUUCCAGGAGAGUAUGCAUCUUCCUCUGCUGCUGCUUCCUCUUCUGCUGCUGCUUCCUCUUCUGCCGCUGCUUCCUCUUCUGCCGCUGCUUCCUCUUCUGCCGCUGCUUCCUCUUCUGUCGCUGCUUCCUCUUCUGCUGCUGCUUCCUCAUCUGCUUCUUCUUCCUCAUCUGCUUCUUCAUCCUCUUCUGCUUCUUCAUCCUCUUCUGCUUCUUCAUCCUCUUCUGCUACAUCCUCUUCUGCUACAUCCUCUUCUGCUACAUCCUCUUCUGCUACAUCCUCUUCUGCAUCCUCCUCUGCUGCUGGUGUUGCAUUAUCCGCAGGUAUGGGAGCUGUUUUUGCAGGUGCCGCUGCUAUGUUAUUAUGA